AUGACAAAAUUGUCUGUUUUAUUUUUAUUAUUUUUCCAUGGACAACUUCCCCUCAUCUUUGGCCAGCAGCAACGCGCAGCUGGACCCUGGCUGCACCGGAUUCAGUGGGAGAACAACGGGCAGGUUUAUAGUUUAAUGAGCACCGGGUCAGAGUACCAUGCUCCGGUUCAGUCCAGAAGCCAGUCCAGGCUGUAUGUUACCGGCAGGAGGGACAGCAUGCCAGCAGCUCACAGAGGAGCGACGCCCGUACGACCCGUGCCGGCUGAGUCCAGACAGUCCAGGACUGGUCACAGUGCAGAGUCGAGACCCAUUGCGUCAGUGCGCGAUGUUAGACAGUAUGCGCCUUUUAAUGGCCGUUCUCGAGGUGCUCGUCGCUUUAACUCUGCACACUCCACCGCCAUCAACGCCUCUGCACCGGGGAGGUCUGCAGAUUUGGCAGGCAGGAGAGGAGGUGCCGGUGUGGGUGCGACUGCACUGCACACCAGAGGAGGAGAACCAGGACCUGGUACGCAGUACCAACAGUUACGCGCGCUGCCAGACGCGAUGUCUUCCUCCAGGCAACCCGCACAGACAGGUCAAUCCAUCUCACAUCCCACAACUCUGGAAAGGGAAUUCGAGGCUCCUGCUCCAUCCCCUGCUCUAAGUGAGGAUGCUUCAAACGAGGCCAACGGUAAUGCAGAGGACAUGGUUAAUGACGACCCUCGAAACCUGUUAAAAAACCACAGGAAUUCGGUUUUCUACAACUUCUAUCCUACAAGAGGGAGGUCAGUGGCCCGCACGCGUCGUCCGCCCGGCACAGGGUAUGGAACAAGAUAUUUCCAAAAUGGACUCCCAGACCUCAUACCAGACCCAUAUGCCAUCCAAGCAGGUGCUUAUAUCCAACGCAUGCAGAUGUUUGCGCUCCGCUGUGCCGCUGAGGAGAACUGUCUAGCCAGGUCGGCUUAUGGACCUGCCGUGAGAGACAUUGACUUCAGAGUCCUCCUGCGGUUCCCCCAGAAAGUAAAGAACCAAGGCACCACUGACUUCCUUCCUGUCAAGCCGAGAUAUCAGUGGGAUUGGCACAGCUGUCACCAACACUUCCACAGCAUGGAGGCCUUCAGUAACUACGACCUGCUGGACAUCGUCACUGGACAGAAAGUUGCCGAGGGACACAAGGCCAGUUUUUGCCUGGAGGACACAGGCUGUGACCCCGGAAUCAGGCGGCGCUACGCCUGUACGUCGCAUACACAAGGACUGAGUCCAGGAUGUUAUGACAUUUACGCUGCAAACAUCGACUGUCAAUGGAUCGACAUCACUGAUGUACCUCCAGGAAACUACAUCUUGAAGGUUACUGUCAAUCCCAAUUUCCACAUCCUAGAGUCAGACUUCACCAACAACAUAGUGAGAUGUGAUAUCAUAUACACAGGAACUUAUGUUCAGACACGCAACUGUCGAGUAUCAAGGAGUUGAAAUCCUCCAUUUCAAGUAUUCUCUGCAGGAAUUCUGUAGCAAACAUCUCUCCCAAUGCUGCGCAGCAACAUCGACUGUAUGACUAACAAAAAGUGC